CAGGCCGCCUAUCUCCAACGCCUUGCUGUUCGCCGUGACCGCGGGCCUUGCUGGCUUCCACUGCACCGCAAUGCCUCGCCUGCAAUCUCUCGCCCCGCUGCUGAGGCCAUUGGCCGCUCCCCGAGUAGUUGCAUCUCGCCCGCACUUCCGCUUCUCCACCGCAAGGCCAUGGCACGCUGAGCAAAGUCCGCCCAACGCCUCCUCCAAGCAACCAUUGUCGCCCCAAGCAGCCCAGCGCGCCGCCGACCUCGCAGCAGCAGAAUCCCUCACCGAGGCCGACAGCGCGCAACCACCAGAGGACAAGCCCGUCCUGCCCUCCAAGCACCCUCGCGCCGACAACAAGCCAACAAGCCCUAAAAAGGCCAAUGGCGUUGCGCCUCCACCACCCUGGGCCGCGCCAAAAGGCACAGCCAACACCACAAAAGCGCUCAAGCAAAAGGCGCCCAAGAAGCCCAAGACACCGCGCGCACCCGAAACAUCUCUUCCCCCGCCAAAAUACACCGUCUCAAGAUCAACAAACAAAAACCUGCCCAUCUACACAGACUACAAGCGUGGCGGCAACCUGCACCAGACCCUGGUGCGGAAAAUCACCGGCGAUGUGAUGGCGCUGAGAGACGAGCUGCGCGUGUUUCUGAACAAGAAGGACGAGGAUGUUAUAAUCAACAGUCUGACACGCCAUAUCGUAGUCAAGGGUCAUCACGCAAACGAAAUCACACAGUUUUUGGUGGCGAGGGGCUUUUAGAUGCUCCGUGUUAUGGUAUGGAAAAGGUGUGCUGGAUUGAAGCCAUUCAAGAAUACCCUAUUCUUGUGUAUUAUGUGUUUAUCAUGUGUAUAAAGAACUACAUACUAGCGAUGAAAUGGAAAAGCAGCCCUGGGAUUUAUGGGCGGCUGGGGGUGACCAUGUUGAAAUGCAGAUGAAAUGUUGUUGGACUUGAAUUCGAAUGUAAUUAUGAAGGUAGAUAGACUUGGAAAUGGGGAGCUGGAGCGGCGAGCUGAAGCAGCACCAACACAAGGUUACUCAGGCCCCCUCCACAUGCACUCUGAAGAAAAUACAUCGACCCUACAUCAUGUACGACUGUGCCGCAAACACACCAUAAUCCAUCAAGUAAUCAUUCCACAAACCUGUCAACAAUGCAUCAUACGCCCAAGGUCGAGCCACGCAUUACAGCCAGCCGGACUACAUCUCCGGGAAUCCAGCGAGUCAUCAUGCAA